UCAUAAUGAACGAUUUAAAAGACAAGAAAGAGGUUCGAGUCCAGAAACAAACCUAUAAAAAUAAUUUUGAUUACAUAUUUAAUCUACUGGGGGUUAUGAUUGGUUUUAGUAAUGUUUGGAGAUUUCCAUACAUUUGCUACAAAAAUGGAGGAGGUUCAUUCUUGUUUGCUUACUUGAUAUUUGCGAUAUUUAUGAUUUUUCCCUUGGUUUUGAUUGAAAGUGCUUUGGGGCAGUAUACUGGACGAAGUGCUGUGAAAGUGUGGAAGAUCAUCCCAUUGAUUUCAGGAAUGGGGUUCGCGUCCCCCAUCAUUAUGUUUUUAUGCAAUGUUUACUACCCCGUGUUGUUAACUUGGACUCUUCGAUGGAUUGUUGCGUCCGUGACUGAGAAUUUAUCUUGGACACGAUGCGAUAAUACCUGGAAUACGAACAGUUGCAUUCCACUGUUUAUCGAAAAUCAGGUGAAUAUCACUGGAUCGAUGAGCAGAACAUAUUUGUAUAUGAACUCAACAACAGUACAAUCCUCCGUUGAAGAAUUUUGGAACAAUCGCAUCCUUGGGAUGACAGAUGGAAUUGAAAAUUUGGGAGAAAUGAAAUAUGACCUUCUUAUAUGCCACGCAGUUAUAUGGAUUCUCGCUUACUUUGCCGUUUGGAAAGGAAUUCAAUGGACUAGUAAGAUCGUCUACUUCACAGUCUCGUUGCCAUUUGUGAUGUUGAUUGUCGUAUUCGUUCGAGGAGUGACUUUAGAUGGAGCGCAAGACGGUAUUGAUUUAUAUCUGAGCCCGAAUAUAACUAAGUUAGCUGAAGUGGAGGUUUGGCGAGAUGCGGCUGAUCAAAUAUUGUUUUCUGUUGGAGUUUGUGCUGGAGGAAUUGCGACACUCGGGCAAUACAACAAAUUUAAUCACAAUUUUUUAAGGGAUUCAAUAUUUCUUAUUGUUGCUAAUGCAGUCAUAAGCUUUCUUGCUGGAUUUGCAACGUUCUCCAUACUCGGAUUUCUUGCUUAUUCGAAGAAUACGACGGUGGACGAAGUUGCAAAUUCUGGACCAGGUCUCGUUUUUGUUGCCUAUCCUACAGCGUUAUCAUUGCUGCCUCUGCCUCAAGUAUGGUGUGCACUGUUCUUUACCAUGUUGCUAUUGCUUGGGUUUGAUAGCCAGUUUGUUUAUCACGAAACGUUCAUCGCAUGCAUGAGGGAUCAGUUUCCUCGGUUCUUCAGAAUUAAAUGGGCAAACGAGAUUUGGACUGGAGUCGCUGCAGACAUUUUAUUCAUGCUCUCAUUACCGUUGCUAACUAUGGGAGGAAUAUAUGUUUUAAAUAUAUUCAACUCAUAUGCAGUAACAGGAUGGUGUCUGUACUUCAUUUCACUGGUGGAAUUUAUAGCCAUAGGUUGGAUUUAUGGCGUUGAUGAAUUUUGUGAUAAAAUGAAACUUAUGCUGGGGUUUGAUGUUUCGAGAAUUUUGUUGAAGAUCUGCUGGAAAUUUAUCGGACCCGCAUUGUCAACGGCUCUAAUAAUAUAUUCGUUAUCUUCUUAUCGCCCACUCACACUUGGACGAUCGUAUGUUUAUCCUGCAUGGGCGGAUGCUUUAGGAUGGAUGACUGCCUUGAGUUCGAUGCUAACAAUUCCUAUUGGAGCAGUGUAUGUGCUGUACAGAACAGAAGGCGCUACACUUUGGGAGAAACUUAAGAAUUCAAUUCAAACUCGUGAUUGUUGCAGAGAAGAAAUCAAAAAUGAGUUGAACUUAAAAACAUCAAACAGCAAGGACGAUGAUAUUGACAACCGUUGCAACGAAUCUCUCCUAUGAGAGCUGAUUAGUUCA